CGUCUAUUUUAGAGGGAGGAGCGAAGUGCUCCAGAAAGCCCAUUGGCACCACGGCUGGAAAGAGAACAGAGGGGACUGAUGCGCACAUGACAUUUUCUGACACUUGCUUGUUGAUUGGGUCAGAAGAAGUUUUACAACAAUUAAUGACACGCAAAGAGGAAAACCAUUAUAGAUACUGUGGACUAAUUCAUCGCCAUGAACGCGCAGGAGCUUCCCAGAUAGAAGCGCAAAACUGCAGGCCAUCGAAAAUUGACGAGCAGGUUACGUAAAUGUUUUAAAUGGCGAAUAACCGUACAUCCUUUUCCAUCCACAACAUAUUAAACCGAGGACUUGAUUGCGAGAAAAAUUGCCGUCUUAAUGAGGAAUACGCUGAAGAGAGGGUUCAUGUGGAGAGAGGGGAGCAGGAUUGUUCAAGCUCAUCUCUGCCGGUGGGGAACACUGGCGCUGAGAGCGCGCAGAGGCGCAUCUCUUCCUGUGUGCUCGUGCUAGACUCACCAUCCUCUGACCAGCAUUCAUGCGAGGAUGAAUCAACAGGAGGAGAAGACAAUUCACUAGAAAGACGACACGAUCAUAACAUGGACCAACAGAAACCACAGAGCUGCAAAUUUGAAGAAAACAACUCCAAAUCGAGCAAAAAAAGGUCUCGGGCAGCAUUUUCUCAUGCACAGGUGUACGAGCUGGAGCGGCGCUUUAACCUGCAGCGGUACCUGUCUGGCCCAGAGCGGGCUGACCUGGCAGGAGCGCUCAAACUGACCGAGACGCAGGUGAAGAUCUGGUUCCAGAACAGGAGAUACAAAACUAAACGGCGCCAAAUGGCAGCCGAGCUUGCAACGACUCCCACAACAGCCCUGGCAAAGAGAGUGGCAGUAAAGGUACUGGUGAGAAACGACGAGAGGCAAUAUAACGCAGAGGAGCUGCCCAGUCCGUCUGUUCCUCCCUUAUACCAGUCAUUCCCGUACUAUCCUUAUAUGUUCUGCUUCCAGCCGUGGAUCUCAGGAAACACUUUAAGUGGUGGCCUGUACUGAUUUACCAGAGUUACAGCAUCAUGUGCAAAGUGAUUGUGGAGACACGAACAGUCAAAAACAGCCAAAGUGCAUUUAUGCAGAAAGAAAAGAGCAAACAAAACUGCUAUUCCUCCACCAGGAUUUUAAGAGCUUAAAGCAUAAUAAACUGUAGAAUGACAAUGAAACCAAAAGAGGAAUCUGAUGUUCUCCUCAUAAUCAUUAUGAUAAAUAAUGAUCAUUAAGCCAAAGCAAUGACAAUUCAUUCAUUAGAGUUUCUCUCAUUUGUUGUCAUGUUAUACAGUGGCCACUAAUGUAUUUGGAAAUGAAAUGCACACUUAAAAUCUAUGAGUUUAGAUAACAAAAUAUCAAACCAAAAAAGUGGCAUCUUAAAACAAAUUUAGUGGAUGCACUUGUUCCACUAACAUUUGACAAAGUCAGAAAGUGUCCAAAUAUUGUAUAAUUCAAAACAUAACAAUCUUCCAUUAAUAAAAUAUUUUGUAUGACUGAAUGCCACUUAAUAUUAGUUUGGUGUAUUUGUUAUCUAAUGCAAAGGCAUCCGUACGUUUUUAAGUGUUCAAAUACUAUUUACUGCUGGUCCACUGCAAAUGCUUUGAUAUGGAGUGUGUCUAGCUAGUUUGGGGAGUUUUUCUGUUAGCAUUUGUCACUGAUUAAAGUUCAUGUUUAUUUGCAUCACCGUGAAAAA